AUGUCCGACAACGGAGGAGCCCAGGAUUCGUCGAAUCGCGACAACGGCGACAAGAAGCGCAAAUGGGCAGACCGCGAUCGCAGGAAUGCUGCAAGAGGAGGUGGACGCCACCAGCAUGGAAGCCGUCCGAAUAAGAAAAGGAAUAUGGGGCGUAAGGAACAUAACUCUUCCCAAUUAGAUCGACGGGACCGCAAUGCCGAACAGCAGGCCAAGUAUAAAGAACAGGACAAGAGCGGCGAGAAUGAGCGCCCGGCUUUACCGGCAGCCUUUCCCGCCGAAGAGGUCGAGGCGGAGGAGCGCAGACCGAAGCGCAAAGUCGCAGUCAUGAUUGGUUAUUCAGGCACUGGCUACAAGGGCAUGCAAAUCGACUACAAGCAAAAGACAAUUGAAGGCGACCUCUUCAAUGCAUUCGUCGCGGCCGGCGCAAUCUCCAAAGCGAACGCAUCCGACCCCAAGAAGUCUUCUCUCGUGCGCUGCGCCCGCACCGAUAAGGGUGUGCACGCCGCCGGAAACGUCGUAUCGCUGAAGUUGAUCAUUGAGGACGAGGAUAUUGUCGACAAGAUCAACAGCCACCUGCCCGAACAGAUCAGGGUCUGGGGCAUCCAGCGAACAAUUGGAUCUUUCAGCUGCUACCAAGCCUGCGACUCCAGAUGGUACGAGUAUCUGAUUCCAACGCACUCAUUCCUACCACCGCACCCUUCAAGUUACAUAGGCAAGAAACUGGAAGAGUAUGCGGAGAAGGAAAACGACCUGGAGGGAUACCGCGAGAGGCAGGCUGAAGUCGCAAACUUUUGGCCCGAGGUGGAGGAAAAGCAUAUAAAGCCGAUUCUGGAGUCAUUAGAUGACUCAAUACGGCCGCUCGUCCUAGAGGCGCUAUACAACGUUGACGCUGUCGAUGCGCCGCCCGGCCAAGACCGCAUAAUCGAUGUCUCGAUUGAAAGGGAAGCGAAGGUUGCAAACACCGAAGCCGCUGAAGAGACAGCGAAGCCAGAUGAUGGUGAGGUCAAUAUGAGCGAAACGCCCGCAGACGAGGUCAAGGAUACCAUCGAUGCGAUACAGCAAAACGAACCUGGUAUCACACUCGACAGCUCCGCCGACGGCUCUCGUCCCCUACCCGAAGGCGUCGUGAACCAGCCGGUCCUCGAGGAAGCCAUCAAGACGCUCAAAAAGACGUACAUUGACGUAAAGAAGGCGUAUCGCAUCUCGCCCGAGCGACAAGCCCGCGUGCAAGCCGCACUCGACAAGUACCUCGGAACGCACAAAUACCACAACUACACGGUGCACAAGAAGUUCAACGACAAGUCCGCCCAGCGCUACAUCAAGAGCUUCAAAGUCGCGCCCAAGCCCAUCAUCAUCAACGACACCGAGUGGCUCAGUCUCAAAGUCCACGGCCAGAGCUUCAUGAUGCACCAGAUCCGCAAGAUGGUCGGCAUGGCUGCUCUCACGGUGCGUUGCGGCACCGAUCCCGCCAUCAUGGACAAGAGCUUCGGCAACGAAGUCGUGCGUAUCCCCAAGGCACCGGGCCUCGGCCUCCUCCUCGAGCGCCCCGUCUUCGACUCGUACAACGCAAAGUCAGCCAAGCAGCACGGCCGCGACCCCAUUGACUUUGAGCGCUACAACGACAAGAUCGAGGCGUUCAAGGAGCGCGAGAUUUAUCAGCAUAUUUUCCGUGAGGAGGCCCAGGGAAACCAAUUCCACACUUUCUUCACCCACUUGGAUAACUACAAGGACCCCCAGUUCCUCUACCUGACAUCUGGCGGUAUCCAAGCGACAAAGAGGAAGCGCGAAGACAAAUCCGCACAGCAAAAAUUCGAAGAGGACUCGGAGGAUGAGAAUGCGAGUGGUGGAGAAGGCUAA